ACACCUCCCCCCGCUCGUACCAACUGAUCCCGAUAAUCGUACCACGUACGCUUGUAGAACAAAAACCCCCAUCAUCCACAACAUCUCCGAUCCACUUGGCCCGUUGAGCCCUUAUUCCUACCUAGGUAGCAUAUAACACAAUGUCAGCCGAUGACGAUUCUGAGUUGCAACGUGCACUGUUAAGAGACCUUCGUUCUUCGAACGCCUCGCCAAGAGAAAACCUCCCCCCAUCAGCCCCGAGUUUACCUCCGCUGCGUUCUCUGAGGACCCGGCGAUCGGACAAUAUUGAUGCGUCUGCUCGGACGCGGUCAUCAUUCGACUUUUCGAAUAGAUACUACGAAUUAGUGAUACCAUGGACUGAUGAUCAUGAAGACGCCUUUGACGAUACGGACCAUUGGGACCAUGGCAUGCCACUAGAUCCAGAACCCCGACUCAUUGAACGCGAGUAUGACAGAAGAGCUACCAACAGCCUCUGGCAGCCUACUAUGGACGAGGAGAAUUCUCAAUCUCGAACUCAACGUUUUAUACAGGCCUAUCAGCUACGACGAGCGCUGCUGGACCAGACACACGGUUCUUCACCUACCCUUCCUGAGCUCUUCUCUUCACGUACCCCUCAACCACAUGACCCGCCCGAAGACAAUCGACGAGCCAAGAGGCGCAAGUUGGAUUCGGACCGGCUGUCUUCCAAUUUUAGGGGCUUUCAAUAUGGAAAAUACGGCCAAGUUCAGCCGGGUCAGCUGACCAUGGAGUUGGUCAGCUGCGAUGGAGGCAUGUAUUCAUCAGAUGAUACCUCGACCAAAUAUGCCGCUGAAAACAUCCUCAAGAACGACCACAGUGUCUACUGCACUGAAGGCCCGAGGUGUAAUAUCGUAUUGAGACACCAAGGCGCUACGGUAUUCACGCUGAAGGAGCUGGUCAUUAAGGCUCCCAGGUCGAACUUUACUGAUCCAGUUCAAGCAGGCAUUGUCUUUGUGUCAAUGACUUCUGAUCAUCUCUUCAAUAGGACUGCUCAAUACCAGAUCCAAUACUCUCCAGCUAGAAGGCGUAAUGAGCGGGAGACACAACCUUUGAACCCAAUUCUUUCAAUAAGACAUAACGAGGAUGGAACCACAAUGACCCGAGCGCAGGUGCGAGCAAGGAGACUGUUCAAUAUAGGGUUGGACGAUGAGGAUAAUGAGGUGGCCGUUGCUCAGAUACCUUCCGAGUUCAAUAUCUCUCCACCGUCUUUCCAGGUUACCGCUGAGUGUAGCGACGAUGACGAUGACGCAGACGAUAUCGGUAUCAGGCUCAGCAGGCGGCCACCCAAUCGAAUUGGAUCACUGCCGUUCGAGAACAUUAGCAGCGAUGAGGACGGGUCAGACGACAUCUCAACCAGCGGAGUAGAUUACAGGUCGAGACGGCGGCCGAACCGAAGCAGCAAUACGCUGACGGAAGCAGCAGAAGCGGUACAAGUGGCCACGCAGGAGGCAGUCCGUGCUGUUGGCGGUGAGCUCAUGAGUCCUAAUGCAAGUUUCUACAUUGAGCCGCACCAAAGCAAGUGCACGAUCCCCUUCGACCCACCUAUCUCAGGCAGGUUUAUAUUAUUAAAGAUGUGGAAUCCGCGCCGUGGCGCAGAUAACAACAUAGAUAUUCAGGCGAUUGUUGCCAAGGGGUUCGCCGGGCCUAGGUUUUUCCCCUCAGUUGACCUACGGUAACACCUCAAGGUAGCCUACAUAGUUGGACCUGGGGGGAAUGCAUCAACUCAUUGCCGCUGAAUAAAUUUAAUUCGGUCCAUCUAUACCUCGAAGAUGAUAAAUCUAUGACGGACAACGUUGUAAGUAUCAAAUCUGCUGAAGCAAAUAUUGCCAAGUAGGAGCACACCAAAUCAAGGCCUAUCGCAAUUGAAGGUGAGAUAGUGACUUGACGAAAGCCAGCAGCCUGUCAUUUCUGAUGCCAUAUGACUAGAAAAGGCGACAACCGAGCAAAUUAGGCUCCUACGUG